UUGUCUUCCCAGGUCGUGCCUCCUCCCUGUCCUGGGGUUCGCAGCUCAUGGCGGCGCCGGGCGGCAGGUCAGAGAGGCCGCAGCUCCCGGAGUGCCGCUACAGCUACGAGGUCUCACGGCCGGUCUACAGCGAGCUCGCCUUCCAGCAGCAGCAGGAGCGGCGCCUGCAGGAGCGCAGGACCCUGCGGGAGAACCUAGCCCGGAGCUGCAGUUGUUCAAGAAAAAGAGCCUUUGCCUUGCUGAAGACUCUCCUGCCCAUCCUGGACUGGCUCCCCAAAUACCGGGUCAAGGAAUGGCUGCUCAGUGACAUCAUCUCUGGAGUUAGUACUGGGCUAGUGGGUACACUGCAAGGGAUGGCGUAUGCUCUACUAGCUGCAGUUCCUGUUGGAUAUGGUCUCUACUCUGCCUUUUUUCCUAUCCUGACAUACUUUGUUUUUGGAACAUCAAGACACAUCUCAGUUGGACCUUUCCCAGUGGUCAGUUUAAUGGUGGGAUCCGUUGUUCUGAGUAUGGCUCCGGAUGACCACUUUCUCGUGCCCAGUGGUAAUGGAAGUACACUGAACACAACCACGAUAGACACUGGAACCAGAGAUGCAGCCAGAGUAUUAAUCGCAAGCACCCUCACACUUUUAGUUGGAAUCAUACAGCUGGUAUUUGGAGGUUUGCAGAUUGGAUUCAUAGUGAGGUACUUGGCAGACCCCCUGGUUGGUGGAUUCACAACAGCUGCUGCCUUCCAAGUGCUGGUCUCGCAGCUGAAGAUUGUCCUCAACGUUUCAACCAAAAACUAUAACGGCAUUCUUUCCAUCAUCUAUACUCUGAUUGAGAUUUUUCAAAACAUUGGUGAUACCAAUAUUGCAGAUUUCAUUGCUGGGUUACUUACCAUCAUCAUCUGUAUGGCUGUUAAGGAAUUAAAUGAUCGAUUUAAACACAAAAUCCCAGUCCCAAUACCUAUAGAAGUAAUUGUGACAAUAAUUGCCACUGCCAUUUCAUAUGGAGCCAACUUGGAAAAGAAUUACAGUGCUGGCAUUGUUAAAUCCAUCCCAAGUGGGUUCUUGCCUCCUGCACUUCCAACUGUGAGCCUGUUUUCAGACAUGCUGGCUGCAUCGUUUUCCAUUGCUGUGGUGGCUUAUGCUAUUGCAGUAUCUGUAGGAAAAGUCUAUGCCAUCAAGCAUGAUUACAUCAUCGAUGGGAACCAGGAAUUCAUUGCCUUUGGGAUCAGCAAUGUCUUCUCAGGAUUCUUCUCUUGUUUUGUGGCAACCACUGCACUGUCUCGAACCGCUGUCCAGGAGAGCACUGGGGGAAAGACACAGGUUGCUGGCAUCAUCUCGGCUGGGAUUGUGAUGAUUGCUAUUGUUGCCCUGGGGAAGCUUCUGGAACCUUUGCAGAAGUCGGUUCUGGCAGCUGUUGUCAUUGCCAACCUGAAAGGGAUGUUCAUGCAGGUGUGUGAUGUUCCUCGUUUGUGGAAGCAGAAUAAGACUGAUGCCGUUAUCUGGGUGUUUACAUGUAUAAUGUCCAUCAUUCUGGGACUGGACCUGGGUUUGCUAGCUGGUCUUUUAUUUGGAUUAUUGACUGUGGUCCUGAGAGUUCAGUUUCCUUCAUCAAAUGGCCUUGGACGUAUCCCCAACACUGAUAUCUACAGAGGUAUCACACAUUACAAAAACCUUGAAGAGCCCGAAGGAGUGAAGAUUCUGAGAUUUUCUAGUCCCAUUUUUUAUGGCAAUGUUGAUGGUUUUAAAAAAUGUGUUAAGUCCACAGUUGGAUUUGAUGCCAUUAGAGUAUAUAAUAAGAGGCUAAAAGCACUGAGGAGAAUACAGAAACUCAUCAAAAAAGGACAAUUAAGGGCAACAAAGAAUGGCAUCGUAAGUGAUGUUGGCUCGUCAAAUAAUGCUUUUGAGCCUGAUGAGGAUCUUGAAGAUCCAGAAGAACUAGAUAUUCCAACCAAGGAAAUUGAGAUUCAAGUGGACUGGAACUCGGAACUCCCAGUCAAAGUAAAUGUCCCUAAAGUGCCAAUCCACAGUCUGGUGCUUGAUUGUGGAGCUGUAUCUUUCCUGGACGUCGUUGGAGUGAGGUCACUGAGAAUGAUUGUCAAAGAAUUUCAAAGAAUUGAUGUGAAUGUAUACUUUGCUUUGCUUCAAGAUCAUGUGAUAGAAAAGAUGGAGCAAUGUGGUUUCUUUGAUGAUAACAUUAAAAAGGACAAAUUCUUUUUGACUGUUCAUGAUGCUAUACUCUAUCUUCAGAACCAGGUUAAAUCACAAGAGGGCCAAGAUUCCCUUCUAGAAACGAUCACGCUCAUUCAAGACUGUAAAGAUCCUCUUGAAUUAAUGGAAGCAGAAAUGACUGAGGAAGAACUUGAUGUCCAGGAUGAGGCUAUGCGCAGACUUGCUUCCUGAAAGCAGGCUCAGGAGAUCACUAUCAUGAAGGACUGCAAGACAGAAUUUUCCUAUUGAUAUAUGUCAUUCUAUGCAAGCAUUUUCUGCACUGACUAUUUCUUUGCACUUAAAGACAU